CAUGAUUAGUUGGUGUUUAAUCCCAUCUCCUAACUUUAGUUAUCUUUGAUAUUUAGCUUUUUCGUAGUUCUUAGUUGGUUAUUGACAAUUUCCGACUUGAUUUCGGCCUAGCUUAUUGUUUUAUCAAUACAUUUUGGUGUUCCUUAGUCCCUGUGGAUUUCGACCCUUACUUAUCACUUUACCUAGUUUAGUGAUUUAGUUAGGUUUUGUUUGAUUUUAGGAGGCUAGUGACGACCUAGUUUUUCCUAUGUCAAAAUGGCGCCGUUGCCGGGGACUUCGGCUUACAUUGAUUUGUGUUGAUUAGAUGAGUCUAGGCUAUUUGUGAAUAUUCAUUGUUUUUCUUUUCUUUUUCUUAUUCUUAAUAUAAAAAAAAAUGGCAAAUAUCUCUUUUCCUCAAUAUGAGAAUGAGUCCUUUUGGAUUUACUUUAAUAGACUUGAGGACUUUAUAAAAUACUAUGGUUAUAGUCUUUGGGAGGCUUGUGAGAUUACUUAUUGGGGUUUAAAUGAGCAUACUAGAGGAGUGGUUGAAAAUAUGUUUAAUGGUGAAUUUCGAGCUAUAUCUUCAGAUGAAGCUUGGGAUUUUUAUAUGUGGUUAGCUAGGGAUACUUAUGAUUUUGAUUGUGCAAAUUCUCAUAAUUCUUCUAAUGUUUGUAUGAAUUCCUUUGAUGAGUCAAGUGUUCUCACUAGUGGCCCUCUUAUACAUGAUUUUAAUUCCCCUCCGUCUUAUGCUUAUAACAAUGAUGUGCACUCUAAUGUUGAUGAUAUUCAUGCUAUCUCUCAAUAUUCAUCAAAUUUGUGCAUGGAUUUCAAUCAAGUGCCUCAUAUUCCCGAUAUUGAUUCUCAUAUGCUUGAUUAUGAACCCCUUCCCCAAUUUGAUGCUCAAAAUGCUCCCCCAACUAUUGUUGAUCCCCUUUUGCAAUUAGAAAUUGAUUUGAAAUUGUUGAGGGAAAAAUGGGGAUGUAAUGAUGACAUUCUUAAGUUUGAUUAUGUUGAUUCAAGGGAUGUUGAAAAUGAAAAUCAAUUGGGAAAGAGUAGCCUAGAUCUUGAUGAUGGUUUUUGGAGUAGUGAUGAUGAGGAGUAUGCUCUUGAGGAGAAAAGGCCUAUUAUUGAGGAUAUUGUUGAAAUUGAGGAUGUUUAUGAGUCUAUUCAUUCUCUUUUUGAAUCUAAUGUGUCUACCUCUAAUGAAUUGGACCUUACUCUUCCUCCUUGUGCUUUAGAGUGCCUACCCUCUCCUACUAUCCCUUCUUGCUCGAGUGAAGAUCUUGGUCAAUGUAAGAGUGAGAUACAUUCUUUGGUGGUUGGUAAUGUUUUUGAGGAUUUAGAGGAUGGAAAAGGUGCUUGUAAGGAGUCAUUGGUCGAAAAAGCUUGUGAUUUGAAGACUUGUGAUAUAGGAGAAGUCAUUUGUGAAACCUUAGUUUCUAUUCCUUCACCUUAUAUCCCAUUUUCAAGAAAGCUUGACCUACUUCCGUCAUUUCCCAUCUCUUUCCCUUAUUUACCCAAAAUACCUCCAUUAAAUGAGCCACCUUCAUCCCUUCACUUUCAAGUGCCCCAUUUGAUUAAUUUUGAGGAAGAGAGUGAGAUUGCCACAAAAAAAGAGGUACAUAAUUGGAAUAAUAUUCAUUCUUGAUAGCAUGUGGAAAGCAAAUCAUGGUUUUGAGGAACAUGAUUAGAAAUGGAGAAAUUGGGUCAUUUGCGGGUAUCUACACCCACCUAUCAUCCGGUAGCAUCCUUCCUUUUCUCUUUCUCUCAUGCUUUAUGAUUGUGGAACAUGUGUUGUUGGUUUGGAUGUUUCUUCCCCCUCCCUCCCUCCCUUUGAUUGUCUUGUUCAAGCAUUGAGGACAAUGCUUUAUUCUAGCUUGGGGAGUAGCUAUUCGCUAGCUUGGGGGAGGUGUAUAUACUUUAUUUCUUUACUUUUCUCAUUUUCAAAAAUUUCAAAAUUUUAAAAAAAUAUUUUCCUUUCUUUUCUUUUUCUUUCAAGUUUUGAGUUCUUCUUAAUAAAGAAAAAAAAUUGAAAAAAUGAAAAAAGGAUGUUUGGCAAAAUGAAAAAAAAAAAGUUGAAUAAUAACAAAAGUACAAAGCAUUUCAUGCUCAAGGAAGAUGCUAGUUGAUGAUAUAUGUGGAUUCCUUGCUUUGAUUUUGAGUACAUGUUUAGAGCUCCUUUUGAAAGAUGUGAGCUUGGGUUGUGAUGUUUUAGAAGGUGAUUAAUCUUGAUUGCAUUAGAGUCUACCAAAAUGAAACUAAUGAAUGCUCAAUUGAAUGUCUAGUCUUGAAUCUUGACUAUGUUGCUCAUGCUUGGAUAAUUUUAGCUUCAAAUUUGCGGUCCCUUGUGUCCCUAGAUAUGCUCAUCAUGUCCCCAAGCAAAGCUCUACAAGAAGCUUAGUUUAUAGUUCUUUUCGUUUGAAAUAAGUGGCACAAAAAGCCACAAGCUCUUAUGUUUCUCUUUAGUGAGUAGUUACCUCUUCCUUGUACAUCAAAGAUUCCCGUAAUAAGGGAAAAAGAAAAAGCCAAAAAAAAAGUCAAAAAAGGCGUGAAAAAUGAGAAAAAGUGAAGAAAAACGAAAAAAGAAUAGAAGAAUUUCAAUAAAAGAGGUCAAUUUGUGGAUGCCUCCCACACUUAGUUCUAUUUUCUUAAGUUUUGAGUAGAGUGGAGUCUAAGGCCUAUUUGUGUGUCUAGGGAUGGUGGACUAGUGGUUUGAGCUUCUAUAACACUUGAAGAACCAUUAAGUCUUUUGGAUAGCUAGGUGUUCUCUAAUGAGCGAGUAAAAAGUCUAAUUAGGUGUCCUAUUGCAAUCUUGAUUAGUUUCUUUCUCUACUCAUAACCUAUGAGUACAUUUGAUAAUUGAUUGUCUUGAAAGUUGCUUUCUAUCAUUGCUUGUGAACCAUUUCAUUGAUAGUUGACUUGGGCAUAAAUCUUGAGUUUGUUGAAUAAAUAAUUGAUGAAAAUAUAAGAGUUGUGGGUUCAAACUCUUGGGAAACCCUCGCGAGAUCUCACUCGCCCUCUAGAGCGAUUUAGGGGUUUAAAGAGCUUGUUGCAUAUGCUAAAUGCAACCGUGAUUCCUACGGAAGUGAGUUAGGAUUUAUUGCCUUUUUAGCAUAGUUUUUCAUUCUUUUUAUUUUGUUUACCCGAGGACGAGCAAAGGUUAAGCUUGGGGGAAUUUGAUGAGUGAUAUAUAUAUCACUCUAAACCCCUUAUUUAUCUCUAUUUUUAACCUUCCUUUUCUAUUUUACCCUCUUUUAUUUGUUUGUUUUGCUUAAAAUGCACUUCUUUUUGUUUUACUAGUUCUUUUUAGAUAUGUCUUUGUUUUACUUUUCAAGUUACUUUUUACAUUAUUUUCUUGGUUCUUUAUAGGUCCAAUUGAAAUAUACUUUUAAUUUCAUCUAUAAAAGGCAAAGGAAUGCACAAAUGUGGAGUAAACCAUGAAUGAUAAAGCGAAGGAGGCAAAUGAAAGUUGAAGAAGCAAGAUUCACAAGAUGGUCCACUUUGAACGACCAUAUCUUCCAUACUACAAAUCAUUUUUUAGUGAUUCAAAUUGGAGAGUAAAAUUUGGCUCGUUAUCUUUCCAACGAUAGGUCACAUGCUUGAUUCGCAUUAAAAACGAGAAAGUUAUGGUCAUUUGAAGUUGAGCUGUUUGUGCAGUUUUCUUAGGAGCGCCCGCUCCCUUUUUCAAGGAGCGCCCGCUCCUUGUUUUUUGGAGCUCCCGCUCCCAGGUCGCUCUCUGGUCGCUCCAACUUUCUGUUUUGCCCAGUUACCAUAGGAGCGCCCGCUCCUAUUUAUAAAGGAGCGCCCGCUCCUUUCAAAUUUUCUGGGCAGCUCUGUUUUUUUCGCGACUCUUUAAUGAUGUAAUAAUUGGACCUAUAAAUAGGAAUGAUCCCUAUUUAUGAAGGGGAACCUAAUUUUGAAGGGGGAUUAGCCUCCAUUAGUCUUAGAUUAGGAUUUUAAGUGAGAAAAAUCUCAAAACUUAGAGAGAGAAAAGGGAGAAAACUCAAAGAGAGGUUGAAGAUUGUAGAUUCAAGGGUGACACUUGUAUUGGAACUUUCAACCAUUCAUCAAUGAGCAUUUCUUACUCUAUCUCCUCUUUUAUUGUUUUAUUUUCAUUGUUUUUCUUAGAUUAGUUGUUCUUGAUUAGUUUAAUUAUUUAUUAUUUAUUUUAUUUAGUUUAAUGUUAGAUUAAUGAUUAUUAUCAUGUUAUUAAAGUUUAAUUUCUCUAAAGUCCUCAUUUUUGUAUUUAUGGAGUAGUUUGUUGGUUAGGGUUUGGGUGAAAACCCAACCAUGAUUGAAUUGGGCAUUUGAGAUUGGAUUUAGAGAUUUGCGUGAUUAAAUUAUUGCUUGUUUAGCUCUUCUAAUCUAUGUUGCAUUCUCUUUGAUCAUUUGAAUGUCGUAUUAGAUGGAGUUGAUUGAUUUAGGUUGGCAUGAGAGUGUAACCUAUUGAUUUCUAUUAUUGAUUCGAACCUCGGGAUAUGUUAGUAAUGGAUGAGAGUCCUUAUUUGAUGUCUUUGAGGAUUUCUCCGCCUAUGAGAGUAGGAUGAGAGUUGUGUGUUGGGUCAAAAGCUAAUUCAAGUAGUGUUCAUGUAUUCUCUCUAUGUUUGAUAUUCUUAUGUCUAUUUCAUGAUUAGUUGGUGUUUAAUCCCAUCUCCUAACUUUAGUUAUCUUUGAUAUUUAGCUUUUUCAUAGUUCUUAGUUGGUUAUUGACAAUUUCCGACUUGAUUUCGGCCUAACUUAUUGUUUUAUCAAUACAUUUUGGUGUUCCUUAGUCCCUGUGGAUUUCGACCCUUACUUAUCACUUUACCUAGUUUAGUGAUUUAGUUAGGUUUUGUUUGAUUUUAGGAGGCUAGUGACGACCUAGUUUUUCCUAUGUCACUCCUCUUUCUUAUAUUUUGAGACGGAGGGAGUUCAUCAUAAGUUUUGCUAGAUUUAAAACUGUUUUUUUUUGCAAGUUCUUUUGUAAAUCCCCUUUCUUAUAUUAACAGAAAUCCUGUUCUAUUCGUGAUGGCCAAAUAUUCGCGAUAACUUAUCAAUUGAAAUCUUCAAAUUUACUUCGAUACACAUAUAACAAGAUGGCCAAAUAUUCGUGAUAAUUCGCAACAAGAGAGCUUAUGCGUAAAAAAAAAAACUACUAUAUUUUAGCAAAUUGUCCGGUGUGGAUGAUUCUCUGGGACUGGUAUAAUGGUUUUUCAUGAAGGAAACUCGAGAUAGUUCCCUAUGCUUUCUCAUAAACAUUGAGCAAAAGAUAUAUCUUUUAAUUUGUUUCCAUUUGUUUAAAAAGAAAUUAAAUGCUUUAGCUUAGGUCUUUCAAUAUUUCGAGUUAACUAUCCAUUGAGGACCUAAAUUAUACCUCUUUUUUCUAUUGAGGACCUAAACUAUAAUCUUGUUCCACCAAGGGAUUAUAAUCCAACACCGUUAACUACCGUUAAAGUAGCAAUUGAAUAGGAAAUUCAAGAAAGAAAAUUAAAAAAAUUCAAUAAUAAAGUAACAAUUAUCCAUUAAAAAGAAAAAAAAGUAACAAUUAUCCUUAAAUAGCAAAUAAUUACAGUUUCAAAUGAAAUAUAAAAUUGACGUGCAAUUAAUUAGUGUAGCCCAUUCUUUAUAUCUUUCUUGUUACUAUUUGCAACAUCUUCCCCAAAUAAAUUUUGCUAUAUUUAAUUCUUCAAAAAGCAAAGUUUGCAAUUUUCUCCUACAAGAAUAAAGUGUGAACAUUAAAAACAGAAAAUUAGUGUUGUAGAAGACUACAAAAAAUACAAUUAAAGUACUUAAUGAAGCAACAUAUAAAAAAAAUGAGUAAUACAAAUAUACUACCUUCUUAAUUAUUUACAUGAAUUUGUUGUUCUUUUUCAUAUCUUAUAUAAGCUGAAAAUUCAUCAGAUGCUGAAGCUGAAAAAAAUUGUUACCUAUGGAGAUUCUCUCCAUUGUAGCAAUGAUAGUGUAUAUGAGGUUUUGGCUUUUUUUUUUUCAAUUUUUUUUUUAAAUUUUAUGCUUUAUUAGUAAUACCAAGUCCGUCGUUAUGUUAAACGGCGUUCGUUUCUAAGCCCUUAGUGGAACAAAUGCAUAGUUUAGGUCCUUAAUUGGAAAAAAUAGGUAUAGUUUAGGUCCUUAAUAGGUAGUUAACUCUUCCCUUAUAAAUAGGGUCACCUUAAUUUUUCUUGCACAUUCUCGAUAAAAAUGCAUGAAUCGAAAUCUAUAUAUAGGAUUCUUCCAUUCUCUGUGUGUCCAAAAUAUUUAUACUUCACCCGUUCUGAAAUAAGUAAAACAUUUUUUUCAAAAAGCUCUCACAUAAAAAAAAAAGAAAAAAACAAGAAGUAUUUCACCUAUUUUAAAAUGAAGGAAUUAUAUAGACUUUUGAAAACAUUAUUAUCCGUCAAUAUAAUAGAGAUUUUUAUUGCAAACAUAGCUAAUAAGGUAUAGAAUACAAAACUAUUAUUCCUGAUUCAUCAGCUUAAACUUUUGGUUUAGUUGGUCCUUUAACAUAGUACCAAAGCCAGCCAGAUAUGAGGGAGCAUGUGAUUCAUCCAUACUUCAAGCCCAACGGGCUCUUGCAUGAGAGGACGUGAUAGAAUAUAAAACUAUUCCUGGAACUCCAACGAGCAGCUUAAACUUUUGAUUGAGUUGGUCCUUUGACGAUAAGGUAUGGAACAUGCAUAUUAUAGGAGUGGUCUAUCUUCUGAUCACAAAGGUCUUCCUAAUGCACAAGGAUAGCUAAGCAAUGAUGUGAAUUGGGUUUGAAAAUUUUGGAGGCCCAAUAAAACUAAUCCAACCAUAAUUGGACUAGACAUAUAUACAUGAAUCAUGAUCAUUAUGCUCCAUGCUCCUUUUCAGUCCAAUUAGGGUACUAACUACUAAUCAAAUCACAAAACAAGAUCCUGAAUUUUUCAAUUACUUUUUUUUUCUUUUUAAUAAAGAAUUUCCCCUACCUUUGCAUUUAAAUAAAAAUUUGAUAAACUCCAUAUUUCAAAGUGAAUCAUUUUGUUUGGACACACAUUGUUCCCCAGCUGCUCCUUUUUUCUCAUGGUGGCCCUUGUAAUUAUUAUUAUCAUCUUCAUCACCCCUAAAAGUUGAGCAUUACAAUGCUUUAAUUUUAUUAAUACUUGUACCUCUCUAUAUAUAUAUAUACCAUAUUGUGAGAUACUAAUCUAAUAAUCUUACUUUAUCAAACUCAAAACAAGACUAUUACUUUUAGAUCUUUUCUUCGUGUUAAUUUAACAAUGGUAAGAGCUAGUACUUCUUUGAUGAUCAUAGUUGUUAUUUGUUGCUUGCUAUUUACGUCAAUGCAUGGUGAAGAAAAAGAUGGGUCAGAAAUUUACGCGAUCUUAAGAGAUGCCGGAAAAGGGGUUCCGGCUGCCGGAAUAUCGACGGGCGGUUACCGGAAGAAAAUUCCCAAGGGAAAAUCAGCUAGGAGGCUUAUGCAAGCUGAUCAAGAUUAUGAUUAUUAUGAUUUCUAUAGGAAGCAUGAAGAUAUACCAAGUCCUGGUAUUGGUCAUUGAGUACGUGAAUAUUCAUCCUUCGCAAGUUGGGAUCCCUUUAUUCUCCGACUUGCAAGGUUUUUCCUUACCUUAUUAGAAAAAUACAGUAUUUUAGUAUAUAGUGAAGUAUUUGGUUUUACAAGAAAAUAUAUAUAUACUGUUCAAUAUAUUUGUUUGGUCUUAUACAAAAUUUUCACCUUCCA